AGUUCUAGAAUUGUAGGAGUUCAAAUAUUUCAGCGUGCGUUCGGUAAUUUUACACGCCCUCUCUCAUUCUCUCUCCUUAUCCCCACCAAAAGAUGUCCCCUGUUUUCUACUUCUCUGUUCUCGUGUAUUUACUCUCUCCGUUUUGCACCGCCCAAGAGGGCAGCGCCUCCGUUGGCGACGGAGGAGUGAGGGUGGAGCUCUGGUGCGUGGCCAAGAACAACGCCGAGGACGCUGCGAUUCAAUCAGCGAUUGACUGGGCCUGUGGGGCAGGCGGUGCAGACUGUGGGCCCAUUCAGCCCGGUGGGCCGUGCUACGACGCCUCCGACAUCCAGCGGACGGCGACUUAUGCCUUCAACAAUUACUUCAUUAAAAAUGGCAUGACUAAUGACAGCUGUGAUUUCCAGAACACCGCUGCUCUUAUCUCCCUAAACCCUAGUUUUGGUAAUUGCAAGAUCCCAUCAAGGAAGUAGAUUUGAAUCGGACAAGAGAUGGUACUUAAAAUCGGUUAUAAUAAGAACACAGGAUUGACCGAACAAUAAAAAACAGGGGAAGUAAUGUGGAAUGAAAGGAGUAAUUUGUUUUUGUUUAAUGUAUGUUUAUGCUUACUUUAUGCCAUGAAUUAGUGAUAGUUUUCAAAGUCUAAUCCAUCUCAUUUUUAAUCCAUUAGAGUAUAUGUUAGUGAAAAAUUCAAUUUUUGUAGUUCUUUUCACAUUAUGUUUUUUUUUGUCAAAAUAUAUUAUUGGCCCAAGUUCAACAUCUUUGAAAAGAGUCAAUUGUGCUCUUAUCUUUGUGACUUUGUGUGGCUGAGAUAGGAUGGUUUACACCAAAGGUGAUGCUCAUGCAAGUUUUUGUCUUUUAAAUAUGGUAGGAUAUUCACCAAUAAGCAUGUUUAUGGCCACAUCUUUAAGAGUUGAGUGGAGUGGAGUUUAUCUUAGAGCAAUAGAGCAGAUAGAAUUGACUGUUUAGAUACAUUUUGUUUCAGUAUUUCUAGUGAAUUGCAUAAUUUGUUCUGGCUAUGGAGAUCAGUAAUCUCAACAACAUUCUUUGUGCAGCCUAAGCAAACCAAUAAGUAUAGUUGUAGGAACUACACAAGCAGAUGUUUACAGUAGCAGUUGUAUACAAGUUGGAAGAUGGAUGUGGGAUUUGGUCACAAUCAGUUUCUUGUUUGUACCUUUAUUUAUUUUUUGAGGAUGUUAAAGAUGGUGGCCUCUGUUAUAUACUGUCAGAGAUGAGGGCAAAAUGGCAUUUCCCAAGAUCAUCUGAAUACAUGUACUUCCCCUUUAGGUCUGCAAUCCUUUUUUUGUAUCUAGCAACUUUGUAGGACAGCCUGCAACAAUUGUUUGCUCUUCAAUCUGACCCUAUGGGUAAUUGUAAUUGUAGUUUCCAGCUUAGGAUGUUAAUCAAUCAUAGACUUUUAUCAACUCUUAGCUUGAAAUCCUUGAAUCUUAGUGUGUGUGCAUCUCCUUCCACUGUAAUCGGUUCCAAGACACUUAUUUGAUCAUAAUAAACAUGUCCCCUGUACUUGGUUUUUGCAUGUAAUCAAGUCCAACAUCACUAGUUCAC